GGAGGAUUUGCGCGAUGAGUAACCACGAUCAACGGUAUCUUAUCAUCGGUUUUGUUAUCAGAGGCACUCGGCUUCAUACAGAAAAACCAACUACAGUUCUCGGCGUAAGGUUCUGUUGACGGUGGUCGCGCCAGGAAUCAUGGAUUACCGAUGUUUCAUCGCCGUUGUUCUCGCUUCUGCGAUUGCUGAAAUCGUCGCCAGCAAUACAAGCGAAACUGCGACAGCUGGAACAACCGAGCCGGAGAACGGAACGUCUGAAACGGAACUUCCAAGUUUGUGCAGCGUGUGCAACUGCGAAGAUGACAACGUAGAUUGCGCGAACAAAACUUUGACUGACCACUUCAAAGACGUACAAUGGCCAAACAAAGCUAUAAAAGUUGCGUCGUUCAACGGGAAUUUGCUGGUUCAUGUGAAACAGUUCCCACAAAUAGAAAUCAGGAAAUUGAUCCUGCAAAGGAACAAGAUCACGAAAAUCGAUCAUCGAGCUUUCAAACAGAUAAUUAACCUUACGGAAUUGGACCUGAGUCACAAUCAACUAACGUCGGAGAAUUUGCAACCCCAGGUGUUCGAGGGCAAAUUCUCGAUGGCAGAUUACGAGCCAUUGGGAAAGCUGUUGAUCUUAAAUUUGGCCCACAACGUGCUCCAUUCGUUGCAUCAAGAUCUUUUCGAGCAUAUGACGAGCCUGAAAGUGUUGAACCUUUCCUGGAAUCUGUUUACGAAGAUCGAUAGUCGCACAUCGCUGGCGAUCAGCUCUCUUCUGAAUCUAGAAGAGUUAGACUUGAGUUACUGCGGUCUGAAGACACUUCCGGACAGCCAGUUCCAGUCGUUCAGGUAUCUUAAAAAGCUGGAGUUGAGCGGAAAUCGGCUAACAUCGCCGCCAAGUGCCCUCGAAGAAGCAACGGUGCUCGAGGCCCUUUACCUAGAUGAAAAUCCGAUUCAAAUAAUCGGUCCGGAUCAUCCACAUCGGUUCCCAGCGAUGACGAAACUGAAAUUGUUAAGCCUCUGUUGCAUGCCUUAUUUGACGACAGUUGGACCACAGGCUUUUUCAGGCCUGGCCUCCCUCGAGAAUCUUACUAUAAACAAUUGUCCAAAACUGGAGACGAUCGAUGACUAUGCUCUUGCCAAUCUCAAGAAUGACACGGAGGGACCUGUGUGGCCGCCACUAAAGAAACUCGAUCUAUCAGAUAACGCCCUGCGAUACUUGCCUCAGCUAUUCGUAGCAAGGUGGGACUGGCUUGAAGAAUUGGAUCUGAUGAACAACAAAUGGAGCUGCGAUUGCAAUAAUCAAUAUCUGAUCAAUAGACUGCUGCCGAAGUACGGGUCGAAGCUGAUGGGGAAGCAAAUGAAUUUACUCACCUGUGCUUUGCCGCCGGAACACGCUGGCAAGAACCUGAUAUCGUUAUCCAAUCGGAAGUUGCGUUGCUUGGACUUGAAUGGCGCAAGGCCGGAAAAAGACGCGACGAUCCUCAUCGGCGUGUUGAUCGGUAUAAUGCUCGCCAUUCCAGUUUGCUUGACGAUCUUCAUUUUCUGGCGUCGUGGCUUCUUCUUCUGCGGCAGCCAAAAUCCUGCAAGUUUCUCACGAGCUUUCUACAAACGAACCAUGAACGACGAGGAAUACUAAAUUUCCUUUUUUUUUUUUUUUAUCU